AUGGCGAUGCGAGCCAAUAGCGAAAAUACCGCACACUCGCCUGACCUCGGUCGAUGCUGCAUCAUGCGGCCAAUGCUGGACUGCAACUGCGGGCACAAUGCAACGAUCUGUGGACAUACGUCGCAAAGGCCAUCAGCGAGGGUAGCGGGAAUAGUUACCGGUGAACUACAGCCCAUGGUUGUGAAACUAGUGUGGUCUUGCGUCUUGGAUGCAGUGGCCUGGAUUGCAGGAGCUGGCCGAGACUUUCUGCGCUGGGUAGAAGGCGGAUUCCCCCUCACGGGCGACCGUCGUCUAUAA